CGGCUCGACUCUGCGGCUCCUGGGUCGGCGGCGUCGGGGUCCUGGAGUUCCGGGAAGUGGCCGUGCCGUCGGCUUCCGGCGUGGAGUGGUUGCGGGUGGAGGGGAGAGACAUGGCCGUGGUGACCGUGUUCCCUGCUCUGUCGCGGUCGUGGAGAUCGCGAGGUGCGAGCAGCUGUACGGUAGCUCAGGUCAAGGGCGAAUCCAAGGAGAGGACGAGUCCGAAACACGGGAGCUUGGAAGCCCGCCACCAUUAGCUGAUCUCCCGGUGUCCUCGUGGGCCGGCGGCCUCCGGGGGAAGCCUCAUUUCCUGCGGGGAUCCGACCCCACUUCCCUGGGCGCCCCUCCUUGCUGUUCUGCAGUCUCUGCACUUUGUUAACACCUAGUGCAUUUGCACACGCCGUAGGGAGAUCAUUCGAUGGGUGGGAGUUUCACACCGUCCGUUUCCUCCUCGUCCUGCUUUCUAGAUGCUUGCUGUCUGCCGGCACCGCCUAGGGUCUCCUCUGCCAAGCAUGACAGCGUCCAGGCGUUUCUACAGAGGCGACAGCCCAACAGACUCCCAAAAAGACAUGAUUGAAAUCCCUCUGCCUCCAUGGCAGGAGCGUACCGACGAGUCCAUGGAAACCAAAAGAGCCCGCCUGCUGUACGAGAGCAGGAAGAGGGGCAUGCUGGAGAACUGCAUCCUCCUCAGCCUCUUUGCUAAAGAACACCUGCACAAGAUGACAGAGAGGCAGCUGAACCUCUAUGACCGCCUGAUCAACGAGCCGAGUAACGACUGGGAUAUCUACUACUGGGCCACAGAGGCAAAGCCAGCCCCAGAGAUCUUUGAAAAUGAAGUCAUGGCACUGCUGAGAGACUUUGCAAAAAACAAAAACAAGGAGCAGCGACUGCGUGCCCCGGAUCUGGAGUACCUCUUUGAAAAGCCCCAUUGAGCUGUGCCCCCACUGCCUGCCCUUGGAGACCCCACCCCCAGCUGCCUGCAGUCACCACCAGCUUUUACUUCCUGCUUCUUGGACAUGCAGCCUACCCUGGACUGUUGGCAUCACCUCAGCUGAUGCUUGGCGCCAUUCCCUCCCAGAACUGUUCCCUGUGACUCCCUCUCAGGCUGGUGUCCCUGGCUGCUGUUGCUGCUGGCAGUCUUGUGCCACUGGAGGGCAGUGUUGGGGAAGCCAUGCUGCGAGCUGGUGUCUCAGCCAGAGCGCUCAGAGAGGCGGUCAGCAGCCGGUACCACCUGGAAAGCCACCCCCAGCGGCCCAGAACUUGGGUCCAGUGCAGUUCCCCUUCUCACCCAGCCUGGUUCUUGCUGCCAGCGAAAACUGGUCAAGUCCCUCAGGGACAGCUGGCAGAGUGAGGGUGGCGACCAGAUCCAGAGUAGGCUUCAUCUUCACCCCUUCUCCAGGAUGGUCACUUUAUCUGCUGAUGGAUGAUUGGAUAUUAAACAACACUGAGUGGGGGCGGAGAGAUUUCCAACUCGCAGCCAUUUAAA